UUCGUCAAAACUUCACGGUGGUUUCUUUUUGAGGCUAAAUAAAAAGUGGUUGAUUGGAAUUUUGUGAGGAAAAAAGGUAUUUUCCCCUUGAAAAAAUAACAAAAAUCCGUGCUUGUGGUAUCAUUUGGACAUCCUGUGAUGUAGGGAAGUGCAUGAGAAUGUGAUGUGGUGCAGGAAAAGUCUGUGAAAUUGAAAUUAAGGUGUAGACCUCUUCUUCCUCCGCCAUUCUGGAUCCGACGAAGAGAUCAUUUUUGGAUAUCUACAAAAUGGACUUGGCUGAAACGAUGAAGGCAGCGCUGUCCAGCAGUAAGCCCGGCGGUGGUGCAUCCGGAAAUCAUCCGUCUGGCAUGAAUUCCAAUCAUACCGGUGCUCAGGGGCAGGAUCAGGGCGUUGGAGCUGGUGCGGGGUACGUCACGGAGAAGCUUUACAUGCUCCUACAGCUGUAUUUGCAGAAUAAGGGAUGGAAUCCGAGUGUGGAGCUCCUGCAGUGCUUCUCGGAGCUCAAAGAUAGUGCUCUCUUGCCAAAUGCAGCGUACCUACAGGUUCUGGCGAAUCGCCUUGCCCUGGACUCCCAGGGGCGUCUGGUGUUGCGUGAUACGGGGAAAAUUGUGCUUCCUUUUGAGCAUUUUGCCAAUGCGGUGAUGUUGAAACACAUGUCGGGGCCCCAUGGGCUACACUUGAGCCUGGAAGCCACUGUACGUGCUGUGAUGGAUUCCUACACAAUUGGCCGAGAGAAUUUCGGCAUGGAGAAGGAAUUUAUUGUGGAAGUGGUGCAAUCAUGCCCAAACCCUGCAUGUCGCUUCUACAAGAAUCACCUCGGAACGCCAUAUAUUGAUCAACAAUUCCCCGGACCCGGAAUGAAUCCCGAAUUCCUCACGCACAUGUCCCAAAUGGCCAGCACGGGUGGGGCUUCGGGGACAACGGACCUUCCGGGCAUGGAGAAGGGGACCAGUGGUGGGGCAGCGGCACAGAGUGUCGUUGCCCAGGCAGCAGCAGCAGCAGCGGCAAAGCAUGCAAAGCAGAGCCAAUCGCAGCAUCAGCAGCAAAUUACAGCGGCCAUCAUUCAGCAACAGAAUCGUGCCAUAGCACAGCAAUCUCUCGAGAAGUUCGGCAAUAUGACUGCCCUGGAGAAGCAGCGUGUUCUCCAGCAGUUGGACAAGAAGCACUACGACGCGGUGCAGCAGCAAGUAGCCGCAGCCGCCAAUAUCUGUCCACCACCCCCCAAUGUUCCCGCCGUGAGUGGAAGUAGCUCCAUUAACGUGCCCAGUUCAUCCAAGAGACGAAGUAAUGCGAGUGCUGAUAAUAAAUUCCUAGGUAUGAUGCAGAAUAAUCCUGCAAAUGUAGGGAAUGCUGGUGGUGGUGGUGGUAGUGGUGGGGGUAUGAUGGGGCAGCAGGUGCUGAAUAUGUCGACAAGUGCACAGAAUCACUUGCCACCCCCACCGCCGCCACAGGGGCAGCAACAGGGGGUGCAGCAUCAGUCAACCGGGCAACAGGGGCAGCAGCAAACAUCAUCCGGUGGUGGUGGUGGGAUGGAGCACAAUCAGCAGGCGCACAAGGAUUUCCUGCGCUCGAAUCUCGACUGCCUGGAGACACUGACAUCCAACAAGGAUCUCCUGGCGCUGCACAAUGGUGCGUGGACCAAUCAAGAGGGCCGAGAUGGUUUGGCCAUUGGCCAAGAUAAAAUUGUGCGGGCUUUUGCGGAACUCAUGCGGAAUAUGGCGCGUAUGAAGACAUUCAUACGCCCCUCAAUGUGUAAGCCCUAUGGAAAGCAGAGCGAGAGCCUCCAGAAGACUCUCAUUGAUACAAUUCAAUUGGUCCAGUCCCUGCGCAAUUGCCUACCUGCACCACACAUCCCCGUGAGCUCUUGGAAGAGUGAGGAUCGCCAUAGACGUGAACCGGAUCUUGGGAAUUAUGAAAGCUAAAUGGAUGGAGGAAUUUAUUAAUAAGGAAAAAAACUGUGGAAACAGAUAGGACGUGACAAAGAAUUUCAAAAAAAGGAAUAUUAAAUAUUAAAAAAAAAAAAGAAAAGUGACAAGAAAAGAAUUUUAUACAUCAACGCAAGUACAUUUAUUGUGUAGAAUUUAUAUUGUGAGAUUUUAUUUAUUUGAUAAAUAACAACAACAAAAAAAAAAACAAA